GCCAGAAAUGGGGGGUGUCCAACAAGGACUGACAAAAGAUGGUGGGUGUCACCAUGGCAGCGGUCAAACCGUUUGGGUCACAUGGUUGGGGAGCUCUCUUGAAUCUGGAAAGAGGAGGCUUGGAGGAGUCUUUAUUCCCACUUUUUGGAUGCCAAUGGCAGCAGAAUGAGUGAAGCCCAGCAGGACCGAGCCCUGGUGGCAGAGAGACUCCGUCUGAACAGCACGGCAGCUUUUGAACAUCAGGACGGGGAGGUGAACGUGCCCAUGUUUGAGAUCAGAGUGUUUAACAUCGUCAUCCUCGGCCUGGCCUUGACCGUCCUCAUCGUUACUGGCCUCUACUGCAUCAGCAUCUGCUACAGCCGCAGCAGGCAGUCAAAGAGAGCCCACGUUUACGAGAGCGCCGUGACGCGUGGCGAGCCGGACACUCCUGUUGCGGUGAAAGCUGUGAAGCGGUCCACCAGCUUCAUCAACCCUCUGGCUUUCUUCAGGAGACCAGACGCCGCGAAGGACAACUCCAGGGUCUACUACAUCUACAGCAACCCUCUGCCUGUGGGAUUAAACGAGGAAGAGGAGGAGGAACACAAAAAAGCCACCAGCAGCUGCAGCAGCAGCAGCAGACCACAGGAGCAGCCUGUGCUGACCAUGCCACCGUCGUUACAUGAGUAUACCCGUGACCCCAGCAGUGGAUUCGUCCUGGACCCUCCCAUAUUUUACCUGCAGCUUUAAACAAUUAGAAGAUUAUUUGCUCUGAAGUCAAGUCUGUGGUCUGUAGUUUGACCCCUGCCACUUCCAGAGGCAUGGAUGGUCUGUUUCUUCAUCUGUUUUGUUCAUGCAAUGAAAUUAGGUUGGCAUGAGCCAAGGGACAGGAUGGGAUUUUAACUUUAUGGUAACCUAGAGAAAAAAUACCACGUCUGGUUGUACUGGCAAUCGGCUUAAGCCGAGUUUGUACAGAGAACAUUUUCCUGAGUGAACAUUUAAAUCUGUUAAGUGCCUACUCAAAUAUAAUUCUUCAAACUGGACAAAAUAAAAAGGUUCUUGACAAACAAACAACAAUUUGAAUUCCAUUUGAACCAACAGAGCAGA